AAAUGCCGAGUCUCCAUCGCCGCGCCUCUUCGUGAUCUUAGUCCUGAUUUUGGGAAAACCAAAGAGAAAUGGAAUCGGUACAAAGCCGAGUGGAGUCAUGGCUGAGGGAGCAGCGUGCCAAGCUCUGGAAGGUCUCGUGGGGCCCCCUCGGACAGUGGCGGAUGAUGAAGUGGCCUUGGCUUCUUAACGACGGCGACCGCCAGCAGCGCAAGAGGAUCCACGAGGAGUACGAGCGUCGCCGCAAGCAGCUCCACGAUCUCUGCGCCGCCGUCAAGGCCGACUCCGUCUCCGACUUGCAGGACAUCCUCUGCUGCAUGGUCCUGUCCGAGUGCGUCUAUAAGAGACCUGCUUCGGACUUGGUUCGCGCUGUGAAUAAAUUCAAGGCUGAUUUCGGAGGACAUAUUGUUGCGUUGGAGCGUGUGCAGCCUUCUUCUGAUCAUGUUCCUCACAGUUACUUGUUGGCGGAAGCAGGUGAUACAUUGUUUGCUUCCUUCAUCGGAACUAAGCAGUACAAGGAUAUGAUGACUGAUGCGAACAUACUGCAAGGCGCUAUAUUUCAUGAGGAUCCUGUGGAGGAUGCGGAUGGGACUGAGACAAAUAAAACUAAUCCACCUGGAGGACGUAAAGGAAAUGGAGAGAAUUCGUUUAAUCCUCUUGAAUCAAAGACAAAGCAAGUGAAUAAUAAAGCUAAACCCGCUGCUCAUCGGGGGUUCUUGGCUCGUGCUAAAGGUAUACCUGCUCUGGAGUUGUACAGACUUGCUCAAAAGAAGAAACGAAACCUUGUAUUAUGUGGACACUCACUUGGUGGAGCAGUAGCAGUAUUAGCUACCCUUGCUAUUUUGAGGGUUGUUGCUGCUUCUUCUUCAUCUAAGGAUAAUGAAACUGUUCGAGUCAAAUGUAUUACAUUUUCCCAGCCCCCUGUUGGAAAUGCAGCUUUAAGAGAUUAUGUUAAUAGAGAGGGGUGGGAGCAUUACUUCAAAAGUUACUGCAUUCCAGAAGAUCUGGUUCCCCGCAUCUUGUCUCCUGCUUACUUUCACCAUUAUAAUGCACAACCUCUUUCAAUGCCUGCUGGAAAUGAAACUACUAAGAAAUCCAUGGUAAAAAGUGAAGAAACAGUAGGAAAACGUAAAGUAAAUGAGGGGGAGCAGUUGGUUCUGGGUGUGGGACCUGUACAGAGUUCUAUCUGGAGACUUUCAAGGCUUGUUCCUUUAGAGGGUGUAAGAAGACAGUUUAACAAAUACAAAGGAAGGAAAGUUGAAUAUGUCGAAACAUCUUCUCAGUUGGAUUCUGUUGCAACAAGUAUAGUAGACGAUGACAUAGUUGAACCAGAGUCUCUUGAAAUCCAAGAGGGUUCUGAUGGUAUAUCUCUUAAGCCCAUCGCUGACAUUGCUAAAGAAGUAGCAGAUGUGGAGUCAAAUGGAAAUUUAGCUAGUAAAAGCACCACUGGAAGUGGGGAUGUAAAGAGAUGGCGUAGAGUGCCUUCUUUACCUUCAUACGUACCAUUCGGAGAGCUUUAUCUCUUGGAAAAUUCAUCAGUGAAGUCACUAUCAGAUGCAGAGUACUCGAAGUUGACAUCGGUCAAAUCUGUGAUUGCGGAACUGAGGGAAAGAUUUCAGUCACAUUCAAUGAGGUCGUAUAGGUCUCGGUUCCAAAGAAUCUAUGACCUGUGCAUGAGAGAUGAUACCUCACCUUUUUCGGGAAUAGAGCAACAACAGUUUCCGCAUCUACAGCAAUGGCUUGGUCUUUCAGUUGCAGGAAAUGUGGAGCUUGGGCAUAUUGUUGAGUCUCCAGUUAUUCGUACAGCUACAUCAGUUGCUCCUCUUGGAUGGAAUGGCAUACCUGGUGGGAAAAAUGGAGAUCCAUUAAAAGUUGAUAUCACUGGUUUUGGAUUGCAUCUGUGUACGCUUGUUCACGCCCAAGUGAAUGGUAACUGGUGUUCAACUACAGUAGAAUCCUUUCCUUCAACCCCAACUUACUCUUCAGAUUAUGGAGAGAAACCGGGACUACAAAAAAUGCGAGUUUUAAUUGGAGCUCCAUUAAGACAGCCACCUAAGCAUCAAAUGGUAGCAGAUUCAUUGUUGCAUGUGUUUCCUUCUAUUGAUCCCAACUCAACUCCUCUUAAUAGGGAGCACAUAUCAGGACCAGAAAAGUCUAUUUGUCCUGAAGGUCUAAGCGACUUUUUCAUAUUUUGUACCAGUGAUUUUACCACGGUUUCUAAAGAGGUUCAUGUGAGAACUCGUAGGGUGCGGUUACUUGGCCUUGAGGGUGCCGGUAAGACAUCUCUUUUCAAGGCCAUAUUAUCUCAAGGCAGGAUAACCAAUAUUUCCCAUAUUGAAAAUCUGCUUCCAGAAGCUGAUGUCCAAGAAGGUAUUUCUGGUGGCUUGUGGUUCUGCGAUUCAGCAGGGAUAAAUUUGCAGGAGCUGAAUUUGGAGGCCACUCGUCUCAGGGAUGAACUCUGGACAGGAAUUCGUGAUCUUAGUCGAAAGACGGACUUGAUUGUACUUGUUCAUAACCUGUCUCAUAGAAUACCUCGCUGUAAUGACUUGAGUGGAUCACAGCAAAAGCCGGCCCUUUCACUUCUACUGGAUGAGGCUAAAUCUGUUGGAAUACCCUGGGUUCUUGCUAUAACAAACAAAUUUUCUGUCAGUGCUCAUCAACAGAAAACAUCAAUUGAUGCUGUUGUCCAGUCUUAUCAAGCAUCUCCAAGUAGCACUGGAGUUAUCAAUUCCUGUCCAUAUGUUAUGCCCAGUGCUGCAAGUACUACUUUCUUAUGGGGUGCCAGCGUUGGAGAUGCUGAUGGGAGGUCAGGCGCACAAAAGCUUCUCUUUGCUCCCAUCGAUUUUGUCAGGAGGCCUUUUCAGAAGAAAGAAAUCAUACUCCCAGUUGAGGGUGUCAAUACUCUUCGUCAAAUAGUUCAUCACAUUCUUCGUAGCCGUGAGGAAGAAUCCUUACAGGAACAUGCAAGAGAUAGGCUUUUGGUUGAAUUGUCACGAGAUCGUGCAUUGGCUAUGAAUGCAAGUGAUUCUAAAGCCAAGGAAAAUUCAGUUUCAGCUGCAACUGUAGGAGCUUCCGUUGGAGCUGGUCUUGGCAUUGUUUUAGCUGUUGUCAUGGGAGCAGCAUCUGCCUUGAGGAAGCCUUAGAAACUGCCCUGCGGAGAAAGAAAUAGUAAAAGAUAUCUCUGCUUGAGGAAUUAUUUAUAGGGAAGAUCUCCCUUGUUUCAAGUUACUGCUAGGGGAUUAUAGGCCAUUUGUUCAUUUUGCUCCAUUAGAGGCUAGAAAACUAAUUUUUGUAGAUGGGAGAAAGUUAUUAGUGCUUUCUGGUUCAGAAUGUAUAGCAAUUCUUUAUAAAUCUGUUGAGGAAAUAUGUAUUUAUUUCAGCCUUUCAGGUAACCUUUUGUACAGUUCCAUCACUUUGUAUGAAAAAAUAAAUUACAUUGCUGGUCAGGUUCACCCCC